ACAGGUCCUACUUUGCUAAAAAAGGCCAUCUGAUGUAGCUAAUUCAAGCAGUCUCACAUGUAAAACCAAACUGAUAGCCUUCUUUAACAGUGUAACAAGCCUUGUGGUUGUGGGGAAGUGGCUGACAUGAUCUACCUUGCCUUUAGUAAGACUUUUGAUACGGUCUCCCAUGACCGUCUCAUAAACAAACUAUGGAAAUGCAACCUAGAUGGAGCUAAAAUAAGAUGAGUGCAAAACUAGUUGGAAAACAGUUCCCACAGCAGUUAUCAGUGAUUCACAGGCUGAAAGGGCUGAGUCAGGCUGGAAGGGCAUAACGAGUGGGGUUCUCCAGGGAUCAGUUCUGGAUAAGUUUCUAUUCAAAAUCUUAAGUCAAUGAUUGAGAUAAUGGUGUAGAGAGUACAAUUAUAAAGUUUGUGAAUGAUAACAAGCUACACGCAUACAAAAUGGAAAAUGACUUCCUAGGAAGGAGUACCGAGGAAAGGGAUCUGGGGGUCAUAGUGGACCACAAGCUGAAUACCAGUACUGUGGAAAGGGAUCUAGGAGUCCUAGUGGACCACAAGCUGAGUAUGAGCGAACAGUGUAACACUGCCGCAGAAAACCAGAACAUCACUCUGGGAUGUCCGCUCUACUCUGCGCUGAUUAGGCCUCAGCUGGAGUAUUGUGUCCAGUUAUGGGCGCCACAUUUCAGGAAAGAUGUGGACAACCCGGAGAGAGUCCAGAGAAGAGGAAAAAAAAUUAAGGUCUAGAAAACAUGACCUAUGAGGGAGGUACCAUCUUUUUACAAAAGCUGUUUCUUACAAUCAAUGCGUAUAAAUAACUGCUACAGAUAGCACAUUUCUAUGUGUGGCAAUUUCACGUAUACAACAGUGCCAGAAACUUGCCAUGUAGGACGUGUCAGUAACCGCUACCCUUAGCACAUCCCUACGCAGAGCAGUUGAAUACACGAUACCUAACGCACCCAGCAGCCAAUCAGACAUUUCCUCACACUCCGCCAGCGGCGACGAGCCGGGGAGCUGACCGCUUCUGGUCUGAGAGGAGGAACUUGCCCGGUUCCAAGCGUCCGAGGUGCCCAGCGAGGCCGAGCGCCGUGUGCGAUACACAAUGUCUUCUGGAAACAUCCAUGGAUCCCAGACAUUAAUUAAACCAACAUUCAGUGAAAAAGAAGCCACUGAAUUAGUUGAAAGGGUAUUUGGAUUAAAAGUAUCUGUGAUCAGAUCACUCCCCAGCUAUACUGAUCAGAAUUUUCACGUGCACGUUUCAAGAAGUGAGGGAACAGCAGACUGUGCUGACAAGUAUGUUCUCAAAAUCACCAACUGCGAAGACAGCCAGAAUCCUGAACUCAUUGAAGUGCAGACCCAGAUCAUGAUAUUUUUGAAUGUUGAAGGGUUUCCUUCAGCUACGCCCCAUCUUACUAAAGACGGUAAAAUAAUGUCUCUAGAAUCAUUAGGUACUGGCUCUGUGACAAAAAAGUACAUGGUGAGACUGCUGACCUACCUCCCAGGCAUGAUGGUGGCAACAAUCUCUACAAAUCCUCACAUUUUAUACGAGAUUGGGAAACUAGCUGCCAGAUUGGAUAAAACUCUCACAGAGAAAUUCCAUCAUCCAUCAAUAAAAAGUCUGCAUCGAGGGAAGUUCAUUUGGAACUUGGCAAAUGUUCCUCUUCUAGAGCAGUAUAUUCAUGCCUUGGGCCAGAACAGUUAUCGUGAAGUUGUGGAGCAACUUAUUCAGCAGUUCAAAGAUAAAAUAGUACCCAAGCUAAGGAAUUUUCGAGCCUGUAUCAAUCAUGGGGACCUUAAUGAUCAUAAUAUCUUAUUAGAUUCCAACACUGCUUCACCAGAGAAUCCACAAUAUAGAGUGUCCGGUAUUUUGGACUUUAGUGACAUGAGCUAUGGUUACUAUGUAUUUGAAUUAGCAAUAACUAUCAUGUACAUGAUGAUUGAGAGCAAGGAUCCUCUCAGUGUGGGAGGGCAUAUUCUUGCAGGGUUUGAAAGCAUUGUACCAUUGACAACAGAGGAGAGAGACGCCCUGUUUCUCUUGGUAAUUGUCCAUGUACUGUUUAGAAAAUUGGGCUCAACAUUGUUACCUGGCAGUUGUGUGUUCUUGGGGAACCAGGGCGCAGUACCCAGCCUGUCUGACUCACGAAAGACCUUUCCUUCGUUGCCCCCCAUGUGCUUGAACCAAAACCAAUCAGAAGAAAGAUUUCCAAAAAGCAAUGAAAAAGCAGUGUGGGACACACCUAAGCCCCUGUGAUAAGGGUGACAGGAUUAAGGAAACUCCCCUCGCCUCAUUUACAUUGAAGAUAGGACAAGGAGGCAUCUCCAUUAGCAUAUAGAAUGGAGAACAGAGAUUCCAAGGCAAGAACCACAGGGAACUCUGGGACCAGAAAAGCAGAGAAACACUGCAUGACAGGGGAUCUCUGCUCCAGAUGUUAAUGAACCCACGCCUGCACACACUCGGCUCAGUAGUUAUCAGACUAAUUCUAGUAAUAAAUCCUUUAUUGGUAUCCAAAAUAGUGAAGCUCCCUAAUUGCAUUGUGAGCUCCCUCCAAGGACCAUUACCCAUAGCCAGGAAUGAUCAGCUCCCGUUGUAUAGCCUUAACAAAACAACUUUGGUAUACUCCCUUGAGCCAUCAGUUUACACAUAAAUCUAGAGUUCUCCCUUGAACCAUUGUUGUUUCUCUACAAAAACCCACCCAUGCCCAAGUAAGCAUUCUGAUGCCUGGAUCCAAAAUCUGAAUCAGUUCCGUUGGGACUUCACCGUCUCCUGACUGAUCGUGCUGGGGCCUCUGCCUAUCUCCAGUACUCCAGACCCUCAACUACCACCACCUUCUGGGACCCCUGAUCGAUUCAAGCUUCACGGAGUGCUGAGAACCCAUCUCUCUCUUUCUCUCUCUCUCGGUCUAGGUAUAGCCUUCUGACCCUGACUUGUGUGAUUAGUUAUCAUUUUCUAAACCUGACUUUUAUAAUCAAAUUUAAGUUAGAUUUAAUAUUAUAACUCUUUUGUUUGUUUGGCUCCCCUAUGGUUAUUACCUGGCAAUAAAUAACUUUCAUGAUUAA